AUGAGAUUCCCGUCAUUAGUCUCGCGCUGUCACCGCCUCCUGACCGUGUUUAUCUUUGACGGGCGCCGGAGUGACGGCUACGGCUGCAGCGGCGGCGGCAAAACGGUGAAACUAAUGGAUUUGUCUCAGAGCGAACGCAGCCUCGGAGGAGAUGAAACACAAGAGUUUAAAAUGCUCUUCUCCUUCAUCUUCAUUUGGCCUCAAAAGUAUCACCUCAUCUUCAUCGCGAAGCACAUCCAUCAUGGCCGACAGCCGUAA